GACCAGAGACUGCAGACACAGUACAGGGAUGACCAGAGACUGCGGACACAGUACAGGGAUGACCAGAGACUGCGGACACAGUACAGGGAUGACCAGAGACUGCAGACACAGUACAGGAGAUGACCAGAGACUGCGGACAUAGUACAGGAGAUGACCAGAGACUGCGGACAGUACAGGGAUGACCAGAGACUGCGGACACAGUACAGGGAUGACCAGAGACUGCAGAUACAGUACAGGGAUGACCAGAGACUGCGGACACAGUACAGGGAUGACCAGAGACUGCGGACACAGUACAGGGAUGACCAGAGACUGCGGACACAGUACAGGAGAUGACCAGAGACUGCGGACACAGUACAGGAGAUGACCAGAG